AUGUGUACGAAUCGCUUGCCGACUAAGGUUGCUCUAUCUGUUAAACAUGUGAGGUGCGAUCCUACUUGUGUGUUAUGUGGUAUAGAGCCAGAAACGAUAGUCCAUUUGUUUGCGAAUUGCCCAUUCUCGAGGGAGUGUUGGAGCGAGGUGGAUGGGGGAUGGCGGUUAGGGGAGGUGGAGUCCAUUGACGAAUGGGUUGUGGAGAUGUGGGAGGUGUUACCGAAGACGGUUUUGGAGACGGUGGUGGUCGUUUGUUGGGCAUUAUGGGAAGGACGAAAUGCUGUGGUGUGGGAUCUGCAUACCGUGGAGUCCACUUCAGCGACUGAAGGGAUUGGAUCAGCCAAGGAGGGAUCUUCUGUGUUGGACGCUUCCUGGUUUUCAUCCAAUGGAAGUUCCUCCUCAGCGUUACCUCUCGAAUCAGUGCUGGGAAUUGUGAUAUUCUGCUCUGGGUGCUCAUUGGACUGCUCUUCGGUCUGCUCCGAUGAGACUGGAAUGAUAGUUACUUCAGGAGCAGGAGGAAAACCUGGCACUAGGCGUAAGGAGGGAGUGUCACGGCUGGGAGGUGAGGGUGCAGAUCAUUUUGAGCACUGGAAUCCGCCACUCGGCUUACACUUGAAGGUAAAUAUUGAUGUGGCUUUGGAUGAGGGUCGGGGUCAAAUGGGGUUUGGUUGGGUGGUUCGAGAUGCGGAGUCUUUGGUGGUUGGGGUGGGUAUGAUGAAGUCUCCGGGUGUUUACUCGGUUUGUGAGGCGGAGACGAUGGGUGCUAGGGAGGCGUUAAGUUGGAUUAAGAAAAUAGGUUGGACUCGUAUUGUGCUGGAAACUGACGCUCAAUUGGUGACGAAUGCGGUGCAGAAGGGGUUAAAUAUUACUCCUUUUGGAGCAAUUAUUGAUGAUAUUCAGCUUUUACUAGGGAGUAUCGAGGAUAGUUCCAUUACUUUUGUUAGGCGCAGUGCCAACGAAACAGCCCAUGUGCUUGCGCGUAAAGCGUUAUGUAAUAGGGAUUUCUCUCUUGUUGAGUUUUUUAACGCUAUUCCUCGUUGUAUUUCUGCUACUAUUGCUAUGCAUUAA